GCCGCCGUUAAUAUUUGUCGGCGCAGGGCUCUGGCAAACAAUUGCAAAAAUUUUUCGUUUUUCAUAAAUUUAAUACAAGAAUUAAAUAAUUUUUCAUGUUAAAAUCUAUGAGAUGCAACACUAACGAAACAAAGUGAUUGAAUAAGAAUUAAAGUUUUGUUAAGAAUUAGAAUAACAAAAGAAAGACAAAAAGGCAAAGAAAAAAAGAGACAAGACACCCUGAACUAAAAUUUGUAUCGUACGUUUUCGGCCACAACAGUUGGACAACCAAAAAAAUAAUAGUAAAUUUGCACAUAUUGUCGGCAUUAAACGAAGAAGGAACAUAUUAUUGUUGGAGUUACCAGGAAAACAUAGAAAAAACAACAACGAAACGACCCCUACCACAAUCAAGCGUUGACAGCGCUGCUUAGCGUGUCGUACGAGCGGCGAACUAUGAGCGCCUCGAAAAAAUACAAAACAUCUGAAACAGCAACAGAGAUACUACAUCAUCAGCAGGACACUGAAAAUAUUAAUAAUCGUUUUAGGAAGUCGGCCGAUUUCUUUGGUCCCUCAACAUCGGCAGCAGCAGCAGCUCAAUCGAAUCAAUCAGCGUCCGGCGUUAGUGGACGUAUAGCUUUGGGUCAACAGAACACAAACGCUAUGCAACGUUCAGGCAGUAAUAGCAAUUUGAAUAACAGCGGGACCGGUGGAGGUGGCACCGGUACAAAUGGUGAACGUCGUGCAAAUUUCUCCAUGUUGGAUACAACCGCUCAUCUAAACGAUCAUCGUUCAUCGACAACAACCUCAGCGUUUUUUAAUAAAAUGGGAACCAACAAUGCCUCUAAACCGGGUGAUGUUAAGAAAAUUGUUAUUAAAAACUUUAAGGUAAAACCUACACUGCCUGAAAAUUAUUCAGAAAGUACUUGUCAAAAACUGGAAGAAGCCGUUGUUGCUAUACAAUUAUCCCGGCCUAUUAAAUAUUCUCUGGAAGAAUUAUAUCAGGCUGUGGAAAAUAUGUGUAGUCAUAAAAUGGAUGCUCAACUCUAUGCAAAACUUAAAGAUUUAACCGAGGCUCAUGUUAAACGUAAUGUUGAUACAUUUACUGGUGGCAGCAUGGAUAAAUUGGUAUUCUUAAAGAAAAUCAAUGAUUGGUGGUUAUCCUAUUGCCAGCAAAUGAUAAUGAUGCGUAGUAUAUUUUUAUAUUUAGAUCGAACUUAUGUUUUACAAAAUCCAACCGUACAAUCUAUAUGGGAUAUGGGUUUAGAUUUAUUUCGCACUCAUAUAGCUCUCAAUUCUUUGGUACAAAAACGUACCGUCGAGGGUUUAUUAAUGCUGAUUGAGAAGGAACGUAAUGGUGAUGCCGUCGAUCGUGGUCUACUUAAAAGUCUUAUACGCAUGUUGUGUGAUUUACAAAUUUAUAUAGCAGCGUUUGAGGAAAAAUUCUUAAUAGCCACACGACAAUUGUAUCAGGCCGAAGGUCAACGCAAAAUGCAGGAGUUAGAUGUACCCGAAUAUUUGCAACAUGUUGAUAAACGUUUAGCCGAAGAAAAUGAACGUCUAUUACAUUAUUUAGAUUCGAGUACCAAGCAUCCUUUAAUUUAUACCGUGGAAAAAGAACUACUUGCCGAACAUUUAACACAAAUUCUACAAAAAGGCCUAGACACCCUUUUAGAAGAGAAUAGACUGAAUGAUUUAUCAAUAUUGUAUAGUUUAUUAAGUCGUGUUAAAAACGGCACCGCUGAAUUGUGCGGCAAUUUUAAUGGUUAUAUUAAAAAGAAGGGACGCACUAUUGUCAUUGAUCCCGAAAAGGAUAAGAGCAUGGUGCAGGACUUAUUAGACUUUAAAGAUAAAAUGGAUGUUAUUGUGCGCACAUGUUUCGAACAUAAUGAGAAAUUUACAAAUUCAUUACGUGAAGCUUUUGAAUUCUUUAUAAAUCAAAGAACUAAUAAACCAGCUGAAUUAAUAGCCAAAUAUGUUGACAUGAAAUUACGUGCUGGCAACAAAGAAGCCACUGAAGAAGAACUGGAACAAAUACUCGAUAAAAUCAUGGUACUUUUCCGUUUCAUACAUGGAAAAGAUGUUUUUGAAGCCUUCUAUAAAAAGGAUUUGGCCAAACGCUUAUUAGUAGGAAAAUCUGCUUCCGUCGAUGCUGAAAAGAGUAUGCUAUCGAAAUUGAAACAAGAAUGUGGUGGCGGCUUUACCUCAAAAUUGGAGGGCAUGUUCAAGGAUAUGGAAUUAAGUCGUGAUAUAAAUAUUUCAUUUAAACAAUAUGUGGCGAAUAUGGAUGGUGAAUUAACGAGUAUCGAUCUGACCGUAAAUAUCUUGACAAUGGGUUAUUGGCCAACAUAUCCUCUAACGGAGGUUAAUAUGCCGCCACAGUUGGUGAAACCACAACAGGUAUUCAAUAAAUUCUAUUUGGCUAAGCACAGUGGACGUAAAUUACAAUGGCAACCAACAUUGGGAAAUUGUGUGCUGAAAGCACGUUUUGAUGGGGGACCUAAAGAAUUGAUGGUUUCUUUAUUCCAAGCUUUGGUGUUAUUGUUAUUUAAUGACAGAGACACUUUUUCAUUUGAGGAAAUUGUAGCGGCUACAAAUAUUGAGGACGGUGAAUUGCGCCGCACAUUACAAUCAUUGGCCUGUGGACGUGCUCGUGUUAUAACUAAAGAACCUAAAGGUCGUGAGGUGGAAGAUAAAGAUCAGUUCCAUUAUAAUAAUGAAUUUACCAACAAAUUGUUCCGCAUUAAAAUUAAUCAAAUACAAAUGAAAGAAACGACGGAAGAACAAAAAGCUACCGAAGAACGAGUGUUUCAAGAUCGUCAGUAUCAAAUUGAUGCUGCAAUUGUACGAAUUAUGAAAAUGCGUAAAACGUUAUCACAUAAUUUAUUAAUUACUGAACUUUUCAAUCAGUUAACAUUUCCUGUCAAGCCGGCUGAUCUGAAAAAACGCAUUGAAUCACUUAUUGAUCGUGACUAUAUGGAACGUGAUAAGGAUAAUCAAAAUCAAUACAAUUAUGUGGCUUAAUUUAACUCAAAUACAAUUAAAUUGCGACAUUUUGGUCGUUAUUUCUAUACCUUUUUUCAUAAGUUUCUUUGGAAUGUAAUUGUAAACUAUUAAACAAAAAAAAAAAAAAAACAAACAAACAAAAACUAAACAUAAAAAAUACUUAUUUAAAU